CUUCCCGGGACGCGCUGGUGGCGGCGGCGGCAGCAGGCGAAAGCCCCCGGAGCCCCGCGCAGGUUUGCCUGGCCUCUCCCGCAAUCUGAUUGGAUCAAGUUGGGCUCUACGUGGCGAGGGCUCUUGGAAACCAUGGGUUAUUGCAGCGGCAGGUGCACGCUGAUCUUUGUCUGUGGCAUGCAACUGGUUUGUGUGCUGGAGAGGCAGAUAUUUGACUUCCUUGGUUAUCAGUGGGCACCAAUCCUGUCAAAUUUUGUGCACAUUAUUAUAGUCAUACUUGGCUUAUUUGGAACCAUCCAGUAUAGACCUCGCUACAUAACAGGAUAUGCUGUCUGGCUAGUCUUCUGGGUCACAUGGAAUGUGUUUGUUAUCUGCUUCUACUUGGAGGCUGGGGAUCUUUCAAAGGCUGGAAGGUCAUUUAUACAAACAGGAGAAAUUUUGUAUCCAAGGCAUUUAUUAAUGUCCUCAGACAUUAAUAAAUUAACCAAGGAAACGGAUCUUAUUCUGACCUUUAAUAUCUCAAUGCACCGUUCUUGGUGGAUGGAGAAUGGCCCAGGCUGUACAGUAACAUCUGUGACUCCAGCCCCAGAAUGGGCACCAGAGGAUCAUCGUUACAUCACUGUCUCAGGGUGUUUGCUUGAAUACCAGUAUAUAGAAGUGGCUCACAGCUCCCUUCAGAUCUUCCUUGCACUGGCAGGGUUCAUCUAUGCCUGUUAUGUUGUGAAAUGUAUUACUGAAGAAGAGGACAGCUUUGAUUUCAUAGGUGGAUUUGACUCUUACGGCUAUCAAGGCCCACAGAAGACAUCUCAUUUACAGCUACAGCCCAUGUAUAUGCUCAGCACUGAACUAGAGGAAAGAGCACCAUCUAUUGAAUCAGCAACACCACUUCCAGCAGCAUUGAGCACUUCCUUGGAGGUCCCCUAUCCAUCCCAGUGCUGCUUAGUUUCUGAAAUCUUCCAGGAUCACAGCACAAGGCGGUCAAAAUGAACAAGGUGACUUCUGUGUGGGGGCUGAAGGACCUUUCAAAAAACUUGUUUCAGGAUGGCCCCCUGUGUUCUACAAACAGCAAAAAAACAACCUUUGUGUUUAAAAAAAAAAAAGAAUGAGCAUACGCUGAGACAGAGAAACAAAAGGUGCAUUCGACCUCUCUUUCCAACAAAUACAGACAGAGAUGCACAUUACCCCCUUCUUGGAUUUCCUGAAUACACAAAAACAACUGCCAGGCCUUUGGAAGGUUCAAAAGGAGAAGCAUUGGUGCCAUCUGCUGGCUAUUACCUGUGUUUACUACCUUCAUUCCUACUUAUUUGAGUUAUGAAAUGAUUUCAUCCAAUUCAGUUCUUUCUGAGACCACUUGCACCAAGUCUCCUUAGUCAUUAUAAUAUUUAAAAAAUACCAUGAUGACCUUGUAACAGAAGCCAAUAGACAGCAAGUUGUUUGCCCUAAAGGCUGUACAAGUACAUACUUGCCUUAACCCAACUAAGUUGCACAUCAGAGAAACUCAGUGCAGGCUUACUGAAGCGACUUCCUUUAGAUUCAACCUGCUGCUGUUAAUUCUGAAAGAUUUUUUUUCGUGUCAGGGAAUAAGGCUCUGUUGCUCAGCAGCUCCAGAGUGACCACGUACGAAAACUGCCAGCUAACAGAAAAGUGCUUUACUAAUGAGCCUCCACAAUGGUCAAGAAAACAAACAGUUUAUAAUGCUUAAAAGAGAAAUAGAUCUCUGGGGUUGGGAAAGGGGUAAAGGGAAUCCCUCAUUAAACCAAUAACUGAACCUACUGGAAAUAAACAACAGUGUUUCAUAACCCCACUGUUUUUAUUUAUCACACUGUAGGUGCUUUUAUAACUAACUCUAAAUAUGUCUUUUACUAACUACAGAGACAUCUGCAGAUUUCUAGCAACAGAGGCCAACUGAAUAUGUAUUAGCUACGUUUACUCUUUUAUAUCUAAUUUCAAUUGAAAAUCCUAUGUAAGUGAGCAUUCUUUUUUCUAAUUGCACCGGAAGGGAUCUAACUUCUUUUGUUUGUUUUGGUUGGCAUAGAGCGGGGAGGGACUAGCUGCAUUGGUGAAAUAUUGGAGAACUUUUUGUGGUAUAUUUGGGGAUUCGUUGUGUGUUAGAAUGUGUAUUUUAUCUUCCUGUAAAAUUGUGGCUGAAAAAAACUGUGCUGUUAUGUAGUUGGCAACAAGAUGCCUUUGGGGAUUUUACUAGUAGGUCAAUGUGUUUAUGACAUAUUCUGAACUCAUAGGAACAUUUGUUUUGUUCUGAAUUUGAUCUGUAUUUUCAAGCACUUAGGCAGCUUUCAUUAGAAAAAAAAAGAUUUUGCUCAGGCUUUUCAGGAACUUGAAUUGUCAUUCCUUCUUUGUUCAGAAACCGCCCAGACAAAUGCACACACCUGCCACACAUACCUGACAGCCACGUGUGCUUGAGGGCAUGAGUGUUCAGUGCUUGGAAAGGUGCAAGUCGUCACAAAGCGACUCUUUUCCUAGCUUGCCAAACCUUCACAGUCUCUGUGGCUUAUAGGUACUGUUGCCCUGUGCACUAACUCUACUUAUCCAUUGCUAUAGAAAUUGGCGCCCUUCGCUGUGUAUGCAUGAAUGUAAUGUGUCACAAACAAUAAAUCUGGACAAUGACAGUGGAACAAGCAUUCCCCACUAAAAAUAAGAUACAAGACAGGUUUAGGAACUAUACUUACAUUAAUUCUGUAAGAUUUUCUAUAUAUGUGUGUGUGUAUGUGUGCAUGUAUGUAUGUAUGUAUAUAUAAUACACACCUACAUAUAUUGAGGGAAGAUGCAUAAUGUUGUGGCUUGAACAUGGGGCUAAGAGCCAGGAAUUCCUGAGUUCCUGAUAAGCUAUGUGACCAUAGACAAGUCACUUAAGCCCUGGACCAGCAAAUCCCUUAAAAACAUGCUUAACGUCUUUGGCUGAAUUGGUGUCUUCUUCAAAAAAUUUCCUAUGUGGGCGCCUAAAUUUAGACCCCCUAAAUCUAUAUUUAGUAGAGCUGGCUGGAAAUGGAAUUUCCAUUCUAUGGGAAAUUCCGACAGUUCAAACUUUUUUCAUUUGGAAUAAAAAAAGCUGAAAUUUCUUGCAAAAAAAAUAUCUGACAAAUUUUACGUUGAGGCCAUUGAAACAAGGUGUUGCUGUUGAAUCAUUUCGUUUUGAUCAUGUUGAUUUAUUUCCUUUAGACUUUUAUAUUUGAUUAAAAAUUAAAUGUUUAUAUAUGCAUAUAAAUUAAAUAUAAAAGUCCAGAUGAAACUAAUCAAAAUGUCUAAACAAAACGAGAAAGUCAAAACAAUUCAUUUUCACUUCUUCCUGUCAAAAAUAUUGUUCCAAUUAAACAUUUUGAUUUUAACACAACUGCAUUUUUCGUUUACAUUUUUUUUUGACCAGCUCAAGUAUUUAGGCACCUAAAUAGUGGCCUGAUUUUCAAGGAUAAUGAGCAGUCAUGGCUUGCAUUGACUUUCCAUUCACAUUGAAUGGGAGCUAUUAGUGCUCUGCCCUUUGAAAGUCAAGCAAUUUAUUUCGGUGCCUCAGCAUGGAUUUAGGAGCCUAACUUUAGGCAUCCAAGUUAGAAAAGUUUGUCCUUAACAUCUCUCUGUUUCAGUUCCCCCAACUAUAAAAUGUGAAUAAUAAUAACUACCUCACAUAGUGAUUGUGAGGAUUAAUUAAUGUUUGUGCAGUGCUUAGAAUUACUAUGUAAGUGCUAAGUAUUAUAAAUAAUGUGUGUAUAUUUAUAUAUUGCAUAUGUACACACAUAUGUAUACAUACACUCAAGUAUAUAGAGAUAUAUACACAUAUAUAAAGUAGGCAUUCAUAUUCCUGCUUAAGUUGCAGUGAAAGCACUAGUAUUUCAGGACUGUUGACUACUACACUAAAGGAUGAUGUUUUGGAAGCAGUUUGGAGCACAGUAGUGUGAGAAUAUCUGGAAUGACAUUUUUGAUUUGUACAGCUGUAUCCGCCUCAAAAUCCAGUAAAGAAUGUUAUUUUUCUAGGCUGGGUUUUUGUUAUAAAGCUAAAUAUUCAGAAGGCAAGAGUUACAAUCCAAAUGUGUCUUUUUUCUUUUUUGCGUUUGUUAAUUCUGAAUGUAUUUUUAACAAAAGUGAUUUUUUUUUUACUUACUAGUGUAAUUUGCAUUAAAAAAAAUGGAAAAAAUAUAGGUUUCCAAGCUAUUCCUGGCCCCCUGCUACUAUUCACAACUUGCAAGAAACUUAGAAUUACAGUUCCUGGCUGAGCAGCAAUACAGAAUGAGGACUCCAUUUAAAUUUACAAGAUUCCCAUCCUAAUCUGUGCAAUACAUGGAUGUGUCAGUGCUGAAAAGAAAGUGCCAGGUCAUGACAUCAUUUUAACUGAGUCAUAGGUAACACGUAUUUUCAUUAUCUCCUGACACUAAAAGGAUUCUUUUACAAGGCUGGCUGAAAUAGACGCAUUGUCAUUUAGAAAAUGUCUUUUUAUUUUGUCUACUCAUCAGGAAUUUUAAGUCUAUGACAGGUUUACAGUUACCAACAGUGCUAAGUACUGUAUUAAGUAAUCCUUGUUAAGAGGGAGCUAUGUAAUAUGGAUUUUUCCACUGCAGUUCAUUUUUUAAAAUGCUGCUUCAUUUGCCCAUACAGUGAAAUAACACAAUAAAAUGAAAAUAUGUCUUAAGCAACCACUUCAAGGGACUCACAAAAACUGGUUACUUUAGACUACGUGCUUAAUAAAGGUGGCCCGGAAUUCUAUUCAGUAUGUUUAGGGAUACUUCAGGGUGGUUUCUUAAGAUAGGUGAUUGCUUAGGAAGAGUGGCCUUCUGUAUGGGUAUUUUAAUCCUUUCAUUAUUAUUGUUCAUGCAUAGGUAGUGUGUACAUGAUACAUUUCAGACAUGUGAGAGGACAAGAUCUGUGUCCCAGAAUGCUGGUUAUGGUACUCAGCUAUUGUGUAGCAUUUUGGAAGGGGUUGGGCCAGACUAUAAACUACAAAUGUUAUACACGGUGAUUCCUGGUUGUAUCUAAAUGGAGCUUAUCUAUUAACUCUGAAGCUGAUGCUUUUAAUCUUUUUAAAUACUGAUGGCCGCCCCGCAAAAACAGUGAAGCACCCCCUCUCACACACACAACCUUUAAUAUACCUUCAGAAUGCUAUACAACAUUCAGUGUAAAAUCAAACCUGAAGUCCUGGACCAUUUUUAUUUUCCAGAAAGAAUGAAUUGUCUGUAUUUUUCUUCUUAAACUUUAUUAAUCAGAAAACAAGUUUGUUCUUGUGAAGAUGUGUAGUGAGUUUAAACCUGGCUGAAGGCGACUCAUGCAUUCAUCAGGUUUGUAUUCUAGUCAUUCCCUUACUAUUACAGCCCCCUUGUAUUGUAUAUGGAUUAUGGACUUCUCUGAAUCGACAUUGAGCCGAAACCAGAUUUUAUUAAAAGAACACCGCUGGUUAGAUAUGCUGCAGGCAGCAAUGUAUCAAUUGCUCCAUUACAACUUGAGAAUAAUGUAGAUUGGAUGCUGGCUACACACUCCAGAAAAGAGUAUGUGCUUUUAAAUGUAUCCCGCUCUUGUGACAAAUGCACUUUAGACUGACAUAAUCUAUUUAUACACAGAGCAGGUAUCAUACUGACUGAGUGCUGGCUAUCCUUAUCCUCAGACUUCCAAUAAGAGUACCAAUUAGUCCACUAGACCCUGGACUGAAACCACCAAUGUGACUGAACCUGGACUGAGGCCAUCAGUUCAUGGCAAAAGAGUGUUCCUGUUCUUCUGUCAGGUGCUCUCAGCUGUUUGGUUGCAUCAUAGUAUGGAGCAUGGAUCAUAUCAGCAUGUAUUGUAACUUGGAGAACAAUGGCACACAAUUAAUGCCAGAUUAGAUGACAAUUAGCCACAUGGCUAAUUCAGUGAAUAACGUAGCUGGAGUCGACAUAGCUUAAGUAGACUUACUGUGGUGUCUUCACUGCACUGCAUCGAUGGGAAAUGCUCUCUGGUCGACUUACCUUACUCUUCUCGAGGAGCUGGAGUACCGGAGUCGACCAGAGAGCACUCUGCUGUCAUUGAUUGCAGCAGCAUCAAUCUCCCCGGUAGUGAAGACACGCCCUAAGUUAUGUACAAACAAAAUAUUUUUCUGCAAACAGUGGGAAAAAAACAAAGAUAUUACACAAAAGGACGAGCUCCUGGUAGCAUAGUACAUAUGUUCCUUACACAUCUCUUGCCACUAAUUGCCUUUCCAGAAACCCAGAAGUGUGUUUUUUUAAUAUACAUUCUUUCUUUAGCAGGCCCUUUAUCUGGCAUCUUUAUGGACCUGGUCCAAAACUAACUGAAGUCAUAGAAUCUUUCCACUGUCAUCAGUGGGCUUUGGAUCAGGCCCUACUAAACAUGCCACUUUUUUUGCAUAUUAAACAGCUCAGCCCUGAUGUCUCCAUGGUCUCAUUCACUGCACUUCCACAUUCACCUGUCCCCUGCUUGGUCCUCACAUGAUGCCUAAUGGGCCACCAUCUUCCUCUAGGGAAGCCUAGCUUGGGAAACAAUGGGAGUAGCAUCCAUCUUGCUGAGGGAAGUCUUUGGCUUCCGUCCCACUGACAUUAAUGGGGGGGGGAAGGGGUGGCAGCCAUUUUGGAUAAGGGCAAAGCUUCAAGCAAUUGAAGACAGAAAUCAAUGAGACCCCUUUUAAAAAACAAAUAUCAUGAGACUCGCAAUAAAAUUGCAAGAGUUGACAACACUGCAAUCACAAUGACAUUCAAGGACUUUCUUUUUCUCUUAAGCUAAUCCUUGUAGAAAUCCUUUUCAAAUGUGUAAUAUCUGCUAAAAGCUAUAGUUCGGUGACUACAAAGAGCUCAUAAAUAUCAACGGUUACAAGAGGAACGAUUCUGGGAAAAUGUAUUUGUGAACAAGUUCACGGAAUCAGACUCGAAUUUCAAUCUGAUAACAUGUAUGCCUCUUUUCACUCUCUCUCUUUCGCUCUCUCAAACUUUCAAGUGACUGGUUUAUGUUUGUACAAAUGUGUAGGAAGGCACUUUUAUUCAUGGUUAUACAAGUAUUCAUGUGCAAUUCAGCAUAUUUACAUGUGAUUAUUGAUAUUCAUGCAAUUUCAUGUAUUUGCACCAGAAGUGCUGGGACCCCUCCUCUGUACAUACUGACUUUGUGUGUUUGGUAGUGAAGACGUCCUAAAAUUACCUUUGGAAUUGCUCUCCGUUUCUCCCUACUACUCCCUAAUUGCUAAAUAGGCCUUGGACCUGUGGGGCCAUGGCCAUGACUCAGUCACUUUUUGGCCAGGCCAAACCUGAAUUGCACUUGUGAUAAAUGGGGGGAGGUUAGUUCCCUUUUGGGGACACCCAGCCAGUCAGUAGCUAUAGAAUCCUCCUUAGGAGCUGUACCCUAAUUGCCCUACCUGUACAGGAUUAAGAGCAGCUUAACCUGAGUUGGCACCUGACCAGGGAACCAAUAGGGAGGCUGUACCUUUUCAAAUUGGAAAAACUGCUGGGUGUGGGGGGGCUGUUUCUUUGUCUCUCACGCUGGAGAGAGGGGAAGGCAGCAACAAACUGUAAGCUUUAAGCCAGGUAUGGGAAAUCAUCAUACCUAGAAACUUCUCAUUUGGAACCCCAGAUAUGUAAGUAGCACAGGAAGAGUUAAGAGAGAGAUGCGAUUAGGAAACUUUUUUGGUUGUUCUGGUUUGUGGAUUUCUCUGUGCUAACUCCAGGUGCUUUUGUUUUGCUUGUUACCUUUAAGCUGAACUCCAAGAAAGUUAUUUUUGGUGUUUAAUCCCUAAAGCCUGAGUUUUCAGGUGUGUUUCUUUCUUUUUUAAUAAAAUGUACCUUUUUUUAAA